AUGAAUUCCAGCCUGGGAGAUCUGGAUGCUGCAGAGAACUAUUAUGAAUAUAACAAUUCAAAUGACUUAUAUGUGUAUGCAGAAGGGAUCACCCCUUUUGAUUUAGGAGGGAUUGCUUUGAUGGCCAUUAUUUUAAUUACCUGUUGUAUUGGGCUUGUGGGCAAUGGCUACAUCAUCUGGCUACUUGGCUUCCAGAGUAAGAGAAACGGUUUCACCACAUUCAUCCUUAACUUGGCCAUUGCAGACUUUGGGUACCUCGCAUCUACAUUUAUAUAUGAUAUUCAAUUAUUUUUCCUAUUUUCAAGGAACCUGGGAGAUCUGGAUGCUACAGAAAACUAUUAUAGGUAUAAGAAUACCAGGGACUCCUAUGAGAACGCAAGAGAGAUCAUCCCUUUUGAUUUAGGAUGGAUUGCUUUGAUGGGCAUUACUUUCAUUACCUGUUGUGUUGGGUUUGUGGGCAAUGGCUACAUCAUCUGGCUACUUGGCUUCCAGAUUAAGAGAAACUGUUUCACCACAUUCAUCUUUAACUUGGCCUUUGCAGACUUUGGGUUCCUGGCAUCUAUAGUUAUAUAUGUCAUCCAUCAAUUUACUUAUUUUCUAAGAGGCAACAUUCAAUUCCAUUUCUUUGCUUUUUUCUCCCACAUGAUGUACAUCAGUUCAAACUUUCUUCUGAUGGCCAUCAGCAUUGACCGGUGUGUGGCUGUCCUCUUCCCAAUCUGGCAUCACUGUUCCCGGCCAAAACAUUUGUCCUCGACAGUGUGUAUCCUCCUGUGGACCUCUUCUUUCCUCCUGAGUGGAAUUAUGAGAAUUAUAAAAGUCUUUGUAAAUUACCGUCCCCUCAAUUUCCAUUUCAUUGUGACUGCUAUAGUUUGCCUUCCAUUGAUCACACUCUCUACCGUGGUCCUUUUCAUCCAAGUGUGUCUUAAAUUGAAACAAAAGAAUCAGGGACGGCUUCUACUGAUGAUUUUAAUUACUCUUCUCUGUUUCCUCAUCCUUGCUUUUCCAUUAAGUGUCUUUGCGAUGAUUAUUAGUUUUUCUAGUAGCAAAGCUGAUGAUCAACUGGAAUAUUGGAGCGACCGUCUCGAGAGGAGCAAGGAAAUCUGGACAGCCGCGUUGGGAAGAUGCUUGGGAAGCGGCGCUUUCGGCUUGGCCAAACCGGUCAACCCAACCGGAGGAGGCUUGGAAGAGCCCAUCGCCGCCCUUCUCGGACGAGAGAUUUGGAGAGUUUGGCGCCGGAUCCCCAGCUAA